AAAAAUAACUGGUGCGGCGUGACCACGAAAUAUACGAUUUCAAAUCGUAGCUUAUAUUUUUAUAAUAACGCAUGGCAAAACCGAUCGCCGAAAAAUUAUUGAAUACAAUCGAUUGUAAGCAGAAUGCUGUUCGGGCAGUGCGAUACAAUACUGAUGGUCAAUAUUGUAUGACUUGCGGGAGUAAUAAUCAAUUGAAAUUAUGGAACCCAAAACGAGGGAGUCUGUUGGCUACAUAUUCAGGCCAUGGUCAGGAAGUCAUGGAUGCUGCUGCAGCCUGCGAUAAUGCUCAAUUAGUGUCCUGUGGCCUAGAUAAAAAUGUCAUAUUAUGGGAUGUAGCAGAUGCAAGGGUUGUUAGGAAAUUUCGAGGACAUGCUGGUUGUGUAAAUUGUGUAAGAUUUAAUGAAGAAGCUACAAUAGUAAUAUCUGCCUCAUUGGACGGUUCAGUACGAAUAUGGGACUGUAAGAGCAAUCGAGUAAUUCAAGUUUUAGAUGAAGCAAAAGAUAGUGUGACGAGUUUAUGGAUAAAUAAUCAUGAAAUCUUAACUGGCUCAGUUGACGGACGUCUUCGUAAAUACGACAUAAGACAAGGUCAACUAUUUGAAGAUUACUUAGGAAGACCAAUAAAUUGCGUGUCAAUGACAAGGGAUGAACAGUGUUUGUUGGCCUCGUCUCUUGAUAGUACAGUUAGACUCUUUGAUAAACAAACAGGAGAAUUAUUAAACAGCUACGAAAGUCACAAAAAUACUCAAUUUAAAAUCGACUGUUGCUUAAACAAUUUCGACACUCAUAUCAUUUGUGGGUCUGAGGACGGAUGCGUUUAUACUUGGGACCUAGUUAAGGCAACUGUCACUGUUAAACUACUUCACAAAGGUGUUGGAGUAGUCUCAUCACUUUCUCCUCACCCAUCUGAACCGAUGCUUCUAACAGCCGCAGAGAAAAAAGUAUUUUUGUGGGGUCCUAAAGAUGACGAUGAACAAACUACUUAA